UUUCUUAUUUAUUCUCAUGAAACUUGGCAUCAUAAUCUCAUCCACGUCUAUAUUUAAACCACUUUUUCUUGUUGUUGUUGUUUUGAAGUCAACUCAAAUCCAUUAAAGAGACAAACUCUCACUCACUCCUUCUUUUGCUUCAACUUCAACACAUGGCUUCUUUCUCACAGGGUAUUGUUUUAACCACAGCCAUGCUUGUCUCAAGCACCGUGCUUUAUCUCGUUUUUUCAAAACAAAACAUUACCCCAACAUAUAUUUAUGGAAAUCACGUUUCUCAUGAUUCUAACAGAAAUAUUUUGAGCUCUUGUUUGUAUUCAGAGGAAAAGAAGAGGGAGAGAAAGAUGAUGAAGAAAAAGAAGAAGAAUGUUAGAUUUGAAGAAAGUGUGAAGGAAGUGAAAGAAAAGAGUGAAAUAAUUAGGAAAGAGAAACAGAGGAAGCGAAACAGAGUACAGAACAACUGCAAAAAUGAAACGCAGAAAAUUCGUGGAAUUCCGGCGAACAGAAUCGCUUUGUACAACGGGAUUUUGAGGGACCAAAGACAUAGGAUGCAGUGUUCUUAAUUAUUUAUUAUACUCGUUCUGUACAUUUGUUUUUGGAACAAAGGAAAUCCGUAUAUUACUCUUGCUCUGUUUUUUUAUUUUAUUUAAUAGUUUUGUGGUUAGGGUAUUAACACACAAAAAGGAAAAUAAAAUAAAUCGAUUCUUCGUGUGGUUGUAGAGACAUGUUCACCAAUGUUCACGAUUCAA